CUGCCUCAACCAUCAUCAACUUGAACUACGUAGAACGUAAAUGCAUACACUCGCUGUCUAUGUUCGUGAUACCUUGUUGCUGGCUCUCCACUCCACGGCUGCUCAAUAUCGCCCCCCAACGCCUCCUGGAUGCGCUGCUACCUGUGUCGUUGAGGACUCCGAGGCCAACUUGGGUCGACGCCCCUGAACGCAACACUCACCACGAAACCCACAGAACCUGUGCGAGACCAUGACGGGCGGCGGUGGCAAUCAUGGUGCGAAAGUCAACCUGACAGCCAUGUACAGAUACCUCGAGCACUUGCAAGCAGUCGUGUGCGCCGUGUGCGGACACUGCGUGCACCCAGAUGAACGCGACAUCUCGUGGCACAUCCCGGGACGAUACUGCUAUAGAGACGCUAAGCAGUAUGCCUACAAACACGAGGAGUACCUCGGCAGACUCAAGCUUUGUAGCCUCACCGAGCUCAUGUGUCGUACGCCAGACACCCGAGGAGGUCCAGUACUCAAAGUCCCGGCCUUGAUGGUCGACCACGCUUUCAGCUGCAAGGACUGUGGAUUCAUUGUGAUUGACAUGCAAGUCGGGGAUCCUCAUGCAGAUCGAUCGUACCCGGCAUCCAGGAAGCAGCGCAUGCGUCACUCGCAAGGCUGUCCUGGGACUACUCGACCAGCUCAAGCAGAAGGCGAUGCAAACGACCCGCACUGCUUGCGCCAAUGGAUCAAGUGCGGUGCGCAGACUUUCAUCAGGCAGGACAAGUACAGGAGGUACUUUUGCGUACAGACGUCCAAGGGUGCUGCCAAUUCAACUGCGUGGGGCUCCUACAUUGGCUGGCCAGUGUCCACAAAGGCGUCAGACCCUAGAUUGCGAGGCAGGGAACCAAGACGUUCUCGAUCGCCAUCGCCCAACCCAGACGGCGGUCUGGGUCACUCGCAACGCUCCUUACAGUCCUUUGCUACCGCAAACAAUGGACAUGGCAAAGUUGACACGAAUUGCGUGACGUAUCCAGGAGCAACGGAAGCACUGAAGGAACGAGCUGAGGAACUGGCGCAGAAGGCACGAGAGGAGGCGCGUAAAAGACGUCAUGAAGAUGCCAGGCGCGAGGAGGCGAAACGUGCUGAUGAAGACUAUCGCAAUGAGCGCGAGUGGCGAGCUCGAGAAAAGGCCAAGAAGGUGCGUGGCAAGAGCAAGAGCGGCUGGCAGCACGAUGACAUUUACGAUCGACAAGUGGGCAGGCUGCAUGUCGAGCAAAAGCCUGGCAAUGGACAGCAUCGCAUAGUGGAGUCUUCGGCUUCUGUGUCGGACGGCAACACGUCUACUCGACCUUCUUAUCCAGGGCAUGCCAUGAGUCAGAAAAAGGCAGGUGCCGACCAGCCGCCAAGCCAUGCGUCUUCAGAGGGGAGCCAGCAGACAACAAGGAAGGGUUCAAGAGCCAUUGUCUACUCUGACGAUGACGACGGCAAAUAUGGCAUUGCUGCCGGGGACAAUCAAUCUGACUCUUCUGACACUGGUGUUUCGCUUGUCCGCUACCGACGUGGCAAGAAAGGCCAUCAGCCUCCGUGGCACAAUGCAUACACUGCUGCUGAAACACCAACAGAUACCAUCGAGCUGCCUUUACCCAUCCUGCCUACGGACUCAACGCCUCGACCAAAGAAAUCGCUGAGUCACGAGCAGAGCUCUGCGGUUCAAGCGCGUCGGCAGUAUGCUCGUAACCGUGCAGCAGCUACUGGCAUGGAUUUGUUUGGACUGCACCCGAGUCUGGCUGCCGAAUUUGGUCAAGACUUGCCAAUGGAGCUCGAGGAAUACCUUGAUCUUGCCGAGGCUGCGAAAUCACCGGAUGAGCGCCGUUUUGCGUUUGAAUCAUUUGACAAGCUGAUCUUUAGCUUGCCCGAUUAUCCAGCAGGCUCUGAGCAUACAACAGGCGUGAAGCUCUAUCUUAUGCAGCAGCGUAGCCGUGCAGAGCGGAACACAGAUUGUGGGCCGGAGGCAGAUGAGCUUAUUGCGCACUGGUAUGAGCUUCUGGCUCGCUACCAACGUCGAUGAGCAUUGAUCGCGACAUCAAAGGACGUCGAGCUUCCCUAAGGACUGAAGAUCAGGGUUCUAGUACAUGUAGCCGCAGGCGUAGGUAGGGUGUGUCAAAGCA